AUGGACGAGGAAAGCUCAUCAGCGCCUAAGAAGCGAACUUUUCGCAAGUUUUCCUAUAGAGGUGUAGACCUGGAGGCACUUCUUGCGCUGCCGCACAAUGAAAUGGUGGAGCUCUUACCAGCACGCGCUCGGCGGAAGCUCGCGCGUGGCCUGGACCGUCGGCAGACCUCGCUCAUAAAGAAAAUUCGAAAAGCGAAGGCCGAAGUCCCUGAUGAGUUCAGCAAGCCGGAGAUUGUGAAAACGCACUGCAGGAACAUGAUCAUAGUUCCGGAGAUGAUCGGUGCACGCCUCGGAGUUCACAACGGGCGCACCUUCAACGAGGUUGAAAUCCGCGGGGAUAUGGUUGGCCACUACCUUGGCGAGUUCAGUUUGACGUACAAGCCAGUUAAGCACGGGAGGCCAGGUAUUGGUGCCUCAUCGUCGUCACGUUUCAUCCCGCUUAAGUAA